AUGAUAUUACUAAAAGCGUGUAUUGUGGGAAUAACACUUUUGUAAUCAUUCUGCUAGGACGAUAUGGAAUGGGAAGAAAAAAGCAAACCGAAAAGACAAACUUAUGAUAACCCAGUAUCUGCAGUUAUCUAUUGAAAGGAUCCUUAUAAAAAUCUGAUACAAUGGUUGAAAGAUGGCAAAGCUGAAGUUUCAAAGGUUAAGAUAGAAGUAAAGAGCGAAGGUUAUAGAACAUUAAGAGCAGCUUAAUUCAUUAGAUAAGGUGAAUGGGUUAUGUUCAUUCCAAGAACAAACUAUUUAUCAUUAGAGGAAGUGAAAAAGAGUUGUUUAAUAAAUAGAAAGAUGAUUUAAAUAAAUUAUAAACCAAACAAUGUUUAGACAUACUUCGUGAAUCAUUUGUUAUAAGAAAAUAGAAGGUAAUUUUAUAUAUAUAAUUGUAUAGAUAAUAUUCAUUUUGGAAACCUUAUAUAGAUGUUCUACCAAAAGAUGUAAGUGGAUUUCCUACUUAUUUUGAUGCUGAGUAGGAUGCAUUAUUGAAAGGAUCACCAACUCUAUUUACAGUGAUUAAUCAAAGGAAAGUAUUCAAAGAAGAAUAUGAAAAUUUAAAAGAAGCAGUUAAAGAAUUUUAGAAAUAUGGAUAUACUUAUAAUGAUUUCAUUAAAUUUAGAAUUUUAACAAUAUCUAGAAGUUUUACAGUCAAAAUUGGAGAUAAAGAAUAAUAAUAAUUAUUGGUUCCAUUGGCAGGUAUUUAAUUUUAAAUAUAUUGUAGAUUUUAUAAAUCAUGAUAAUAAUGGAUUUUUGAAAUAUGGAUAUUCUAAAGAAGCAGAUGGAUUUUUUAUGUAAGCGGCUAGAAAUAUUUAGAUGGGAGAAGAAUUGUUUUAUAAUUAUGGUUAAUGGUCUAACAAAUAUUUUUUUAUGAAUUAUGGAUUUGCAAGUUUAAAUAAUCCUAUGAAUCAAUUUGAUUUCGAUAUUUGUUUGAAUAAAAAUGAUAGAUUAUUCAACCUAAAAAUUGAAUUAACUAAAGGAAAUAUAUGUUGGGGGAAUAAAUUAGUAAAUGAAACUGAUCAUGAUUCUUUUAGAUAGACUUUAGCAACUGUUAGAUUUACAUAACUUUCUAAAUUAGAUGACUUUUUAUAAUUAGAAGAAGAUGUUUAAAAUUUUAAGUAAUUUUGGCCAGGAUGGCAUACUACUACUAAAACUAUUGAUUUGGAGAAGGCUACUUUCAAAGCAUUAAAAAAAAUAUUAGAAACAGAAUUACAAAAUUUUGCUAGUACGAUAGAAGAUGAUUAAAGAAGAUUAAAUGAUCCAUCUACUCCAGAGUUUAGAAUGCAUAUUAUAAUGUUAACAAUGAGAGAAAAAUAGAUUAUUAAAAAGAAUAUAGAUGUUUGUAAUAGAAUGUUAGAAGUUAUUGAUAAAAAUUCUGAAGUAAAAAAUAUAUUAUUUAUUUCUAGGAACUUAAAAAUUUGAUGAAAUAUUAUCAUUACAAAGAAAUUAUAAAAUUUGUAAAUAGCUAAAUCAUCCCUAUGAAACUUGAAUUAGAAGGCUUAGCAUGA